AUGUCAUACAAUAGUACUCAUUAUACACCGCGGUACAACAACAACUCGUCACGAAAGUUGCAUGAGCAGGCCAAGAACGAUUCCAAAACAACAACUGGAACUACAACUUCGUCUGCGUCUAACACAUCUUCAGCGCCUAGUUCAACAUCACGAGUUAGAGAUAAGAACUUCACAUCAUCAACAGGAGGAGCUUCAUCCUCAGGUCAAGGUCCAGGGUACGGUCGUAGAGACUACUAUAUCGGAGCGGGGUACGCUAGUAGUACAGCUAGUAGUCGAUCACGAUACAACGACUCGUAUAUCCUGCUGAAAUCGUCAAAUACAACUGGACCACGCGAUGCAAAACCUUCCAUGUCAAUAACACCAGCAUCAAGCUCAUUGUCGCUGGGCCAUUAUGGACGCAGUAAGGAUUAUAGAGGCAUGGGUGAGAGAUCAAGUUCAUACUAUGGAUCAACAAGUGCGUCAGCGAUUCGAAAAGGUGGUCCUCCCCUACUUCAUAGAUAUGGAUCAAGUUCAAAAUAUUCACUGGAUUCAAAAAGUGGAGAGAAAUUUAUAUCCCGUGCUGGACCAGUGACGGGUUCAAGUGGAGCUACAGCUGCCAAAUCUAAUACCAAUGCGAAUACAACAUCGAUAAGUUCCGGAUAUCGCGAUGAACGACGUUCAAAAUCAGAGUUAGAUGAGCUGACCUCUACCGUACCUACUUGUAAUGAAAAAGAUGUGGAUGUCGUGUCAUCAAAGUUGAGUCCACCUGAUUCUGAACCAUUCAUUUCAACAACCUCACGCAAUGUCAAGGGAAGCUCAUCUAGAAAGUCGAGUGUUGAAAGCAUCACAAGGAAGCUGAUAGGUAACAAUGGAGUCACCGGAGCAAAUUCAAUUUUCGAUAUUUCGAGACGAGAUGAAGAUAGGAAAGAAAACAUCGAUCAUGAAAUGCCAAAAAGGGCUAAAGGUGAUUUUACUUCAAAGAGUGAGAAACUGGAUGAGAAUAUAGAUCCCCUUUUGGGUCAUGAAUCGGUGCUGGUGAGUAAAAUUCGUGAGCAAAUUGGUGAAUAUGUGCCCAAGUCAGUGGAACUUGAAAACACGGUGGAUCGGGAAACAAGUUCAAAGGAAGAUGCUCCCCAGGUGGAUGAAAAGAUAAAAGAUGACAACAGCAAGACUGGACAAAGCGACAACGAAAAGACGAGUGCAUCGCCAAAAGAUAUGAAUUUGCAUCAAGAGACAAGCAGCGACACGAGUAGAGACCAGUAUAAAGAAGAGCCUGAAUCAAUCGAGUCCGGACCAGCAGUGCUUGAAUCAUCACCACCUUCAACGUCUUCUUCAUCAGCAUUAUCAACUUCAACAGGUAUGAAAAAAACAUCAUUGAGUGAUUACUUGAAGAAAUCUAAAAUUAAAAAGAAGGCAAUUGAGUCUGCAACCAAAUUGGAUGUAUCAGUAUCACCCAGUGGGGAUCAGAAAGUGAGUACCGAUGGACUUGGAAAUGGUGCUGGGGUUUCAAACCAAGUUGAGGUGGAUGAUGCUGAUUCUAGAUCUAGGGAAGACGACGUUAUACCCGUUACCAAUAUAAUGGAGGAUGUCAAGAUGUAUGUGGAUAAGGAGGAGUCAAAACACAAAGAAACUGAUCAACCGGAUUCAGUGGAAAAUGAAAAUUCGGAGAAACUGUUGUCGGAAAAGGUGCAUGGAGUAACAGAGGAUUUUGUUGAUGACAAUGACUCCAACGUUACAAGGAUGCGUGAUAGAGAAGAUGAAAGGGUGGAAGAGUCAAUUGAACAAAUGGCCCAAGAUGAUGAGGAGGACAUCGAAGAAUCAAUUGAGCCCAAAGACCAAGUGGAUGAGGAUAUGAAAGAUGUAAUUGAAGGGAUUCCAGACUCCAUUCCGGAGCUUCUGUCGAAUGAUCAUGAUGUAAAGGAUGAGUCCAAGUACGCCUCAACGCAGCAAACACCGGAGGCGGCAACUUCAGUCAAGUUUGCGGAAAUUCACUCAGACACCCAGCUUGACAACGACAAGGAAAUGCAAACCACUGACAAGACUGAGAUUUUAAGUACUCCAAGAACCAAGUUGAGUCGUUCUGAUUCAUAUGGCGAAGAUAUUUCUACGUUAUCACCUGUCAAUGAAUCUGAAUUUGAUACUAAUUUCAACUUCAACGAUAUUGGCACUAUGCCCGAAAUCCCUGAGGAAAAUGAAGCGGGAGAAAAGGAAGCCAAGGAUGUGAAAGUGGUAUCGAAGCAAGAGAAACCACAGCAUUCAUUCGCUGAAAAGGAGGAUGAUGACAUGGACAAAUAUUCAAUUACUCAAGACAAGGAUGAUUUGUCCGAGGCUGAAACAGUUAUCGGUACGCCAUCACCUCGCUCGAACCAAGGUGUAAGCUUAUUGAAGAGGAAAUCUUUUGAUAGUGAUAGGCACACUUUGAAAAAGAAAAAGGUAGUCAUCAGCUCAUCUGAGGAAGACAAUGCUGAGGAAGAAGCAAACCCACAGAGAUCGCAAAAACCAAGUGAUGAUGAGUCCACUGAAAAGAAGGCAUCUAUUCCCGAGCCGAGAUCCGCAACAUCCAUUGAAUCAAAGGAAAAAAAAAACGUUUCCGGGAAAGCAAUAAAAAAGGCACCAUACAAAGUCAAACGCGAUUCAAGUGGAAGAUCACUCCUACAACGAGCAUGUAAAAAGGGAAACAUUGAAGAUGUUCGUGAUUUCCUAAACCGAGGUGCCAGUGCUAAUGAAAAGGACUUUUGUGGUUUCACAUGUCUUCAUGAAGCGGCUUUAGAAGGGCACGUUGAAAUUGUUCAACUUCUUAUUGCCCAUGGAGCUAAUGUGAAUGCCAAAGCAGAUGAAGCUGGUGAUUGUGAGACACCCUUAAUUGACGCUGCUGAAAAUAUGCAUCUUGAAACAGUAGAAAUUUUGUUGAAGAAUAAUGCUGAUCCAACUAUUUUCAAUAUAGAUGGGUUCACCGCAUUGACCAAGAUUUAUAAUGAACAUUCCGAUGAAGAAGGUUAUGAGGAUAUCAUCAAGGUUCUCGAAGAAGCUACAAGCAAAUACACUGGUCGUAAAACCAUUGUAACUACGUCACAACUGGGUCCACAAGAAGAAACUGAAUUUGAGAUUAUUGACGACCCUAAUGAAUUUUAUUUUGCUGGAUUGAUUAAACGUAAAGGAAUUUUCAAAUGGGCUGCUGAGAAUCAAAAGGAAGUUGUCGCUAGUCAUUUCGUUGCGGGGAAUAGUCUUGAAGACAAGCCCGAUAUUUUGAUCCUUGCUGCAAGGAAUGGUCAUUCAGAGUUAAUUGAUAUCAUAUUGGGCUUGAAUCCAACGCCUUAUAACAUAGAUACCGAGAGCAAGUGUGGAGUCACGGCAUUAUUAGCCAGUGUGGGGAGGGGUCAUUUUGAUGUCGUACAAUCAUUGCUUUCCAAAGGUGCUGAUCCAUUCAAGACGAGAAAAAAGGAUGGAUUAACUGCGUUACAAAUUGUUCAACAUUCUCCACAUUUUGAUCCAAGAGAAGUUGAAAUUAUUCAAGAAGCAAUGGAGAAGAAAAGUGGGACCAAGGUUGUAUCUGCUGUGCAUUCGAGAAUUGUUUCACGAGCUACUUCUAGAGCUACGUCAAGGGCUCCUUCUGUGCCUGUGUCGGAUGAAGAACUGGACGACAGGGAGAACCAUGACGUUCACGAUGAGGAUGACGAUGAGGAGACAGUAGGUCCUUCAUCGAAAGUACCUUUUGUUGAUGAAAAGGAACCUGGAGCAGCUGUUGAGGAUGAGAACGAUAAAAUGGAUAUUGAAGAACCUGAGAAGGUGAAAUUUGAAGAGCAUGAAAACGAUCACCGCCAUGCAAAUGAAAAUGUUUCCAAGAAGAUCAGCAUGGAUGAGGAGAUAAAGAAGGAAAAAUACGUGUCUGAGCCAUCUCGUCAUGAACAUCAUGAUAAAGAACACCAUUCCAAGAAAAUUCAUCAUGAGGGAGAACCGAAGAAAAGAAAACACGAACAUGAACCAGUUUCAUUUGAUCAUCUGUUGAAGAAGGCAAAAUCGGAGAGUCUGGUUAAACAAAUUGAGAAGAAACUAACCCCUUCAGCAUCAACAGCAGCAUUGAAACCCAGCCCUAGUGACUCAACUGUACCCAAAUUGCACAACCACCACAACAACAAGACCACCUCUGAGAAAUCCACAUCCUCACCCAACGUGGUCACCGCUCCAUCUCAUGAUUACGUUGCUGAUGCCAAGGUAAAAGCUCGCUCGCCACCUCCCUCAUCACAGCCAACAUUAUCAGCUGCAGCACUAGAGGAACAAAAAGUAAAGAGUGCUGAAGAAGCUCGCGUAUGGCAAGAGAAGGUUGAAGCCAAAAAGAAGGCACGUCGUGAAAUGUUUCUCAAAUUGGAAAAGGAAAAAGAAUUGAAGAAGAAGGAAGAAGAAGAGAAAAGACUCGAAGAAGAGCGAGAAUUGGCUGAAUUGAAACGCGAACAGGAUUUGAAAUUGGCACAAGAAUUGGAGCGCAAAUCGAAGCUAUUGGAAGCUAAAAAAGCCGCCAUAACUCAAAAGAAAUUGUUGGAUUAUUAUCCUAUUGGGUUGAGAAAAUUGAAAUUGAACUCUCAACCUACUGACGCUUCAAUUGCCAAGUAUUUGCCAUUAUAUGUAUUUGUCAUCAAUGAUGUUGAAUAUGUUUUGGAUCUCCAAUUUUCGUUGCUCACAUUAACUAAAUUUAUUGAAAUUGAGUCUCAAUUGACUAUCAAUGAAGAACAACCUUUCCUCAAUGUUGAAUCAGAUGAUAAAGUCAAACUAUGGAAGCUAUUCUAUAAAUUCAUUGGAAUGAAUCACAAGUUGAGCAAUGUUGCGGAAAUCAUCAAGUUUCGCAAGCAAGGUGAGCAGUUGUUUGAUAAUUUACUAAUGAGGUUCAUUCCAUAUACUGAUGAGAUAAAGGCAAUCAUUGAACGCCAAUUUCCUCAAGUUUACCAUAAAGUUAAUGAACUGAAACCUGUGGCUGUAUUGUUGGACUCGUUACGGGGAUUUGAUGAUUUGGCCGAUAAAUCGGCCCAGGUAAACAAUAAUGAGGAGGAGUUUAAAGAACAAACUGAUGGUGUUGAUGGAAGUGAUGUCAAUGUGAAACUGUUGCCAAGAUUUAUUCCACCUCAUUUGAGCUAUAGAAAGGAUAUUCUCAAAACGGUUAAAGCUGCUUGCAAUCCACUUUGGUAA